AUGAACCUGCGUGAUUACCUCUCCAACUCGGUUGUAGUCAACAAAAACAUAAUGGAUUCUGAUCGAGCAAAUUCAACUGAAAUCAAAGUUCUUGGAAUUCACUGGAACACCGUAGAAGACAUUACCACUUUAAAGUUUUCCAAAAAGCAAGUCAACAAGAUCUCUAAGCGCACGGAUCUUGGCCAGAUCAGUGGAUAUUGUUACGAUCCGCUUCGUUUACUAACUUUCCAACUCCCUCUACGUAGACAAUGUGCUACUCGAAGGAAAGAAUGCAAACGAAUUAAUUCGGAAAUACGCUGA